UGAUAUUGUGGAUGGAGGAUUGAUGUUGACAUUUGUCAGAAUAAUUGUUGUUAACUCAAACAUUCAUCUUUUAUAAUGGUAACAAAGUGUUGCAAAGAUGAUAAUGACCAUACACUCAAGUAUUGUCGUCCAUAGACUGAAAUACACUCGGGAGCGGCAAGUAUUCUGGUAGAGGUGGUUCGUUUUCGUUUUUACGGUCCAAACGGUUGGACCAGUUGGACCGGUGUUGUUCGUUUAUGAAAUAGAGACGGAUCUGAUGAUUUUAUAUUGUUUUCAGACGCGCCUUGAAAAAGACUUCCAAUGCCCGUAUUAACAUUUUCAGGCCAGUCAAGAUGUAUGUUCGAAAUAGUACAUUGGAAAAAUGACGAACCGGUUUGUUCGGAUAAACGAACAGGCCCCUGUUCUUGAAUAUUGUCUACUGAUAACGUGCCCUCCACCCCCUCACUAUGAUAUCCAAAGAAAAAAACCCGAAAUGUGUUGCUGUCUUUGUUAAUAGGCUUAAUGUGAAUGCCAUAUCACCAGUUCUUCUUUCUAUUUUCUACAGUCAUAUUCACACCGGCAAGAACAUUCUAAAAAUAGUAUUAGGUCUUGAUCUGAUUUUUUACAUGUAUGCAUUUAUCAAGUCAUGACAAGGAAAUAUUUAACAGACGUGUAAAGUAUCUACCCACCUUAUACCAGUAACUAUAUCAAUAUAUCUUUGCUAUGAUUGCAAUUAAAUAAGUCCAUGAGUUAUUGCUGCAAAAUCCCUUCUGUAUAUAAUUUAUAUUGCUUUAAACAGAGUCGUGUAAAUAUAUCAGGUAUAUCUGAUACAUGUCUGCUUUAAAAUAAAUUGUGAUAUAUAUUAACUCAGAUUCAAUUUGUAAUAAACAUAAAAAGUGUAAGUUGUAAUAGAUUAAGGAUCAUGUUAUCUGACUAGACAAUUUUCAAUGAUAAUCAUAUGUUGUAUUAAAUGUGGGACGAUUCAUUAAAGUGUUGCAGAUUUUUAACAAUACAAUUUCUCUUUGUAUUGUUUGAAAUAAUGUGAAAAACAUAUUCUGUUUGUUUUUUGACAUGUUAGUAGAAACAUGGUUUGUUUUGUCUGGUUAUGUUUUGCUAAUUGAAAAAAAAAAAACCAGAUUUUAACAAAUCAUUCUUUUCUUUUUAUUUUAAAGGAUAAACUUGAAAAAAGAGUGUAAGAAAAGGAAAUCAUAUACAAAGUAAAGAAAGACUGCAGACGAAUAGUGCUUAGAUAUAGACUGAGUAACAGAGAGGAAACACCAAAAUGGCGGACAUCACCGGUACCAAUGAUAAUGAUCUGGUAGGAAAUUCAAAUCUAACCAGUUCUAUGGAUUCACUCUCGUGUGAUCAAACGAAGAGUGGAGGAGAGGAGGAAGAUCGGAGAAAAGACCGACAUAGUACAAGUUCUGAUGUGACCCUGGAGGGAGGGAGUAACAGUGAAAGUGUCAGCACACUGGAGCUAUGUGAUAGUGGUGACCAGCCUGACAAACACUCUGGUGACUCGGAAUCUAAUGUUGCCCGACCCGAUAGCCUGUGUUUACCAAGGCCACUGCAGCAGUAUGAGCGGAAGAGAAGUAAAAGUGAUGGACAAAAUCAACUGGCCUCCUAUAUUAAUAACAGUACCAAUGUAAUAACAGAGUGGAGAAGUUGUAGGUCAGCAAGUACAACAGAGGAAAUUACGGGGAAAAAAGAUCCGGAAUUCGAAAAUAUCGAAGAGACAUUGCUUUCUAAGAGUAUGCCACAAGGAACCAUAGUAAGAAAAGGAGAAAUGAUUGAGUUUAUUGCUGAUGAUUUACAAGAGAAAAUAAGGAGGAGUAGUCCCUUAACCAAGACAGAUUCCAGUGGUUUGAGUAGUAGAACCUCCAGCCUUAGAAGUAUAUCCAGUGUCAACAGCAUGUCCAGUUCCUCGUCUGCCAUGGCCACAAGCAGUCUAAUGCAACAAAGCCCUGAUGACAUUCCUCCAAUCGAUGCCAGCGCUAUAAUGGAGCUGGAGGCACAUGCCAGACGAGUGGCUGAUAGUGUGGAUCUCAUGAUGGGCAACCUCAGGUCUAACUUACACAAGAUGUCUGCCAUAACCGUAGGCUGUCUGGAUGCAUAUAAGACCUCGGUUGAUGUUACCUGUGAUUCUGUAGACAGCAGUAUUAAGGCAAUGUAUGCCCUGAUGGCCAAGUGUGAGGAGCUGAAUAACAACAUGGGGCCUGUGUACCGACUAGGGGACCAAAUUAAGGAAAUCAAGAGGCUACUGGAUAGGUUUGAGUCCCAGCUGACAGACAACACAUCCUGACGUCACUUCCCACUUUAGGAAACAAAUGGUCUUCUCUCACAACCCAUGUGUCAGACAGUAGAAGUGUCCUGAAGAGAAUUCAGACAGUGAUGAUGGCCCACCAAUUAUGUGCAAUAUCUACAUUUAUUCCAUACUGACAAUUUGUGUUGUAGUCAUAUGUCAAUUUUCUUUUUCAAAUUGGAUAGUCAAUUUUCUAUAUUUACAUGCAUUUGCUCCGCAUUUCCCCAUUGACACAAUGCUAAGAGCCAGUUGCCACCAUACGCCUAUAACACCCAGUGCAUCA